GCCCAAUAAUUUUUACAUUUUAGUUGCGGUUAUUAAUCCAAGAGGCCUGCUAGAGUCCGCCACACUCGACCCAGAAAAAAAGUCCGCCAAACUGAGAGUUAGUUAUAUUUCACUUUCCUCGGCUUCCCUCUCCAAUGGCUCUCAUAUCUCCACCUCCAACUCUUCCGUCGCUGCUCUAAAUACCAGACAGUAGCCAUGGCGGCAGUUGCAACAGUACUGCUACCGUCGGCAAUGCACAGGAGCUCCCCGUCUUCACUCACCCGCUCGUUAGCUUUCUCGAUCGGGGAUGAUGGUUUCCGUCUUCGAUCCCCAUUCAAUUCUCGUCGCGUCCGGGAUUCCUCUUCCGGCACGUCAAGGGAUAAGUUGUUCCCUUUGGCCUCCACUUCGACUCCAUGCAGAACUAUUCACUCUGGGUUCAAACAGUCCUUUCCGUGGAGAGAGUUGUCAGCUCGAUUUGUAGCUACGGAAGCAGUGGCGAAUGAUGCAGUAGGGGUUCCCAGUCUACCUCAAGAAGAAAUGCCUCCACGGGUGUACACUUGGCCUUAUAAGAAGAACCCGAGGGUGUGCAUUCUAGGCGGUGGAUUUGGAGGCUUAUAUACUGCUUUGAGACUAGAAUCACUCGCUUGGCCGGAUGAUAAGAAACCUCAGGUGCUCCUUGUUGACCAAGCGGAGCGUUUUGUCUUCAAGCCCAUGUUGUAUGAGAUUCUUUCAGGAGAAGUGGAUUCUUGGGAAAUCGCUCCCCGCUUCGUGGACUUGCUUUCAAACACUGCUGUGCAGUUUGUGCAAGACAGGGUAAAAGUUCUACAGCCAUGUGAUCACUUGGGAAUCAAUGGGUCAGCAAAAUCUGAUUCUGCUGGUACAGUCCUGCUACAAAGUGGCCUGCUGAUAGAGUAUGACUGGCUGGUUCUUGCUCUAGGAUCUGAAGCAAAACUUGAUGUUGUGCCAGGUUCAGCAGAGUAUGCAUUGCCAUUUUCUACACUGGAAGACGCUCUUAAGGUUGACUGUAAGUUAAGAGAACUGGAGAGGAGAAACUUCAGUAAGGGAUCUCCAAUAAGUGUAUGUAUUGUCGGUUGUGGUUAUGCUGGAGUAGAGUUGGCUGCCACCGUUGCUGAGAGACUGCAGGAUAGAGGAGUAGUACGUGCUAUUAAUGUGGAGAAUAUGAUCUGCCCAACUGCUCCACCUGGAAACAGGGAAGCUGCACUUAAAGUUCUUACAUCCAGGAAAGUUGAAUUGCUAUUGGGUUACUUUGUCCGCUCUAUCCAAAAAACAAGUGACUCGGAUUCUGAGAAAUACAUUUUGGAACUGCAACCUGCUGAGAAGGGAAUGCAAAGUCAAAGUCUUGAAACAGAUUUAGUGUUAUGGACUGUGGGGUCUAAACCUUUGCUUCCUGAGCUGGAACCCCGUGAACGGCCUCUCGAGCUUCCGCUUAACGCGAGGGGCCAGGCCGAGACAGAUGAGACCCUUCGUGUCAAGGGUCACCCACGGAUAUUCGCUCUUGGUGACUCAUCUUCUCUCAGGGAUUUGAAAGGGAAGGUUCUUCCGCCAACAGCUCAGGUUGCUUUUCAGCAAGCAGAUUUUACUGGUUGGAAUCUUUGGGCUGCAAUUAAUGACCGUCCAUUGUUGCCAUUUAGGUUCCAAAAUCUGGGCGAAAUGAUGACUCUGGGGCAGAGCGACGCUGCUGUAACGCCGAGUUUCAUCGAUGAGCUAACCUUAGAAGGUCCUAUCGGCCAUACUGCUAGGAAAAUUGCGUACUUGAUUCGGCUACCAACGGAUGAGCACCGGGUUAAAGUCGGGCUGAGCUGGCUGACCAGGUCUGCCAUCCAGUCGAUUGCAUCAGUUCAGGACACCCUUACCAAGAUUGUUUCAGGAUCAUAGCUGGCCAAGUCUGGAAGUAAUGUAUAACAGUAUAUACCGUUGGAUAUUUACCGAGGGGUUGAAUAUCCUCUAGUGGCAUAUAAUAGAUGACUCACGUGUAAAGAACUGGUACUGACGAAUCUUUUCGCCCAAAUAUCGCCAAUUAGAAUCAGGAAAUGUCAGCAGAUGCUCAAUAUCUAUAGCACAAGUCGUCUUAGGACUGAAUGAAGCUCAUUUCGCGGUAAGUUGUUUAUCGUUCCAUGAAAGAUCCAUGUUGAGGAAUAUCUAUAUUGACGGCAACUUUAACUAUACCGUAAAGAAAUAUUUACUUCUUUG